CCAAGCUGACGUUGGGCGCUGAAACACCAUGUAUGAGCUCAACGAGAGCAGCUUUGAUCCCAUCACCUUUGUCCUGACGGGCAUCCCGGGGAUGGAGGAGUCCCAGGUCUGGAUCUCUGUCCCCUUCUGCCUGAUGUACCUCACUGCGGUGUUUGGCAACUCUGUCCUCCUCUUCGUCAUCAUCACGGACAGGAGCCUCCACGAGCCCAUGUACCUGUUCCUUGCUAUGCUGGCUGCUGCCGACCUCAUGCUUUCGACCACAACGGUGCCCAAAAUGCUGGCGAUCUUCUGGUUCAGUGCCAGGGAAAUUUCCUUCGAUGCCUGUGUUACACAGAUGUUCUUCACCCAUUUCAGCUUCAUCGUGGAAUCGUCCGUUCUGUUGGCGAUGGCGUUUGACCGGUACGUGGCCAUCUGCGACCCACUGCGGUAUUCUUCAACCUUAACCCCCUCGGUGAUUGGGAAAAUAGCGGUGACCGCCGUUGUCCGGGGGUUCUGCAUCAUGUUCCCACCCAUCUUCCUCCUGAAGCGGCUGCCGUUCUGCGGACACAACGUGAUGCCCCACACCUACUGCGAGCACAUGGGCAUCGCCCGCCUGGCCUGCGCCGACAUCAGAGCCAACGUCUGGUACGGGCUGACAACAGCUCUCCUUUCCUCCGGCCUGGACAUCGUGCUCAUCGCUGUCUCUUACGCUCUGAUCCUCAGGACGGUCUUUCGGCUCCCAUCCCCGGAGGCUCGUCUCAAAACCCUGAGCACCUGCGGCUCCCACCUCUGCGUGAUCCUCAUGUUCUACGUGCCCGCCUUCUUCUCCUUUCUCACGCAUCGGUUUGGCCGUCACAUCCCAAGUCACGUUCACAUCCUCCUGGCCAACCUCUACGUUGUGGUCCCACCAAUGCUCAACCCCAUCGUGUAUGGGGUGAGGACAAAGCAGAUCUGGGAGCGUGUUGUCCGCCUCUUCUGCCCUGUGGGGCGGUGGCCCUGCCUCAGCACAGGGAGCCGGUGCUGAGCAAUGGCGGAGGGGACGGAGACAUGGGACAGGAUCAGGAAAGCAGCACCAAGCGCUGCUGGAGGGGAGCGGGACAUGGGCCAGGAUCAGGAAAGCAGCACCAAGCGCUGCAGCACUUCUCAUCGUGGAGAAACGGGUUUGCCCAAGAAGUUCAAGAGAAGCUGAGGGCAGCAGGCUUUCUGGAGGCACGGGCUUGGGUCGGCAGCGCCUUCAUUGCUGCUGGUUUCUCCUAGAGAUGUUGCCCCUGAAUGGUCCAUCAGCAGAGGCCGGGGCAGUUCAGCUGAGGAGCACCAAGGCUCUUACACCUGCAGAUCGACCAUCACCUACUGCUGCUGAUUUUGAUUGCUGUCCUACGGCUUCGUUCCUGUUUGUUCCUUCACCUGUGGCUUCAGUGCCUACACCAUGAACGCCUCAUUGGUCAUCAGACUGGAGCCAGGUACACAAACCAUAGCUGGAGGGGCAAAGUGCUGUGUACUAUGGCACUGACGAUGGUCUGUCCUCCUGUCUCCAUGGGUCCAGCUGGCACUGCUGAGGGACCCUGGUGCCUCUUGCCGCUGAAGGUGUUUACACGCUGAAGAGCCCUGGGAGGCCAGUAAAGGUUUUGUGGCCUGUGUUUGAGGGAGACAUGUCCCUUAAACCAUGAUGUCCAAAGCUGAAUUCAAGCCUCUGGAGUGGAGUGCGACAGGACAAUGGUCUCCUACAUCCUACACAACCCAAAGGGAUGUUUUCUCUCUUUGCAAGAACACGCUGCACUGCUGAGCGGCGCUCAGGGUGAAGUACAUUGCACUUCAAGAUCCUCUUCUGCCCACACAGCUGGCUAAUUACCCACCACUUAGUUGCUGCACAUUGAUUUAUCCUUCAACACCAAACCAGCUUUGUUGAGCUUUUCCUUGUUCCUCUCAUUGGUGUGUGUGCCCGUUGCACCAGUAACACCUUAUUCCACCUGAAGUCAGUGGCAGACUGCCCCAGACCAUUGUGAAAGGCAGCACUGCUGGUGUCCCAGGGGACCAAACAGACCUUGGGGAGGAGGGAGCGGAGGCAGCACUGGAGACCUCAGAGAAGCUUGUCAGGUGUCCUGCUGGGAGGUCACUGUGCUCUGCACCGUGUUCACGGUGGGUUCUGUUGCGUCUUUGUGACAGAUGCACCUUCCCCUGCCCUGAAAGCACCAGAUGCUUCUAGACCAAUGGACCACUAUGGUCAUGCACACACCCCUUGGUUGACAGACAGGGCCCUUGACCAAUGAAAAGCCUUGGCUGAGAGAAGUUUCUGGACCACGACCAUAAAUGAUCACAGCUCAGAUUCAACCAUGGUAUAAAUGGAGCUGUUGGAGACCCCCCUGAGUUGUUCUCGUUGGAGCAGUGGGUGUGCAGUGGAGGUGUCUCCUGCUUACAUUGGGAUGCCAUUGAAAGAAAUUUCAAGGACUGAGACACUUUGCCUUAUCGGUAAGCGAUUAUAUCUUCUGGGUACCCUUGAGAGUCCUUGCUUUUUAUGAGUGGGAAGAUGCACAUUUUGAAUCGUCACUCUAGAGUUUUGGUAUCCCUUGAGUCUGAAUUGGCUGUGUAGUAAUUGAAUCAGUGUUGGAAUCUGUGUUUUGUAAUGUUGUCAGAGUCCUGAAUAAUGUUGGA